GGAUCCCUCAUGAAAUUCGUGACGCUGUGACCCAAAUCGCCGUUCAUUACAGUAGUCCUGGGUCCCCCGUGCUGGCUGGAUGCGUUUUACUACGCCGAUACCACAUCAUGCGAUGCUUACAGCCAUGUAGACCAAACAGACUUACAUUAGGCUCAGCGUCCGACCAAUGAGGGGAUACUAUACUCAUCCAGACCUCGUCACUCAAAAUCCCAGGAGAUCUGAAUAGGUCAACGGGUACUCGUCCAGACUCCAGUCACUCAAAAUCCCAGGAGAUCUGAUCCGCCUGAGGCUCUCACAGUCUCCAGGAAGAGUUUCCUGUGCGGUUGGAACAAAUUAAAAAGAUAAACUUGACCCUGCAACACUUGUAACAGGUCAUCAGAUCCAUCAAGGUCUGCUUCAUUUUGAGGUCAAGAUCAAACCCACGGACGACGGUGGGGGAAUUUUGAGUAUUUGACUGGUGGGUAGAAACUGUUACUUGAAAGGGGAAGAUAAGGAGGGCCGGAGAGAGAGAGCGAUUAAGACUGGAGAGCUAAGGAAUGGCUGAUAAGAUCAGCUGUACAUCAACCAGUGAAGAUUCACCUUACUGUGCCCUGGACCAUUGCUAUUCACAAGCGGUCGUCAUCGGCAAUGGACCGUCAGGUAUAAGCCUGUCUUACAUGCUAUCAGGACAUUGGCCGUACUAUACAAGUGAAGAGCCCCAUCCCGAUCCAUAUCUACAUGCAAGGUUACUGCAAGGGGAUGAAGAGGAGUCUCUUAUUCAACAGGAUCUUGAGUUGCUUAGUAGCGGACUAGAGGGCCGGUCACUGAACCCAGUGUCCCUGCUAUUUGACAACUUGUAUCAGCCGAAUGCAGACUUUGACGAUGACCAAAAGACACGUCUGGAGUGGAGAUUCGAUUCCUCCAAGGCUGUCAAUCACAGGGUACUAGGGAAGGGGCAAGCAGGCGGAUCAUGGAGGGAUAUGGAGGACUCUGUACGCACUCUGAGCCUGGGACGCUGGAUGGAACUACCAGGGAUGAACUUCCCUGACUGGGUAGCUGACUACAGGGAGCGUGUAGGUAAAGUCAGUAACACCAACGGCAGAGCCUCACUCGGUGAAGUCUCCCGCUACUACAAGGAGUAUGUCGAGUUCACAGGGUUGGAGAAGUCUUUCAGACCCUACACCCUGGUCACGUCAGUUCAACAGCUCAAAGGAAGACGGGUCAUCAACAGCGAAAGUGGGGAGCCAGAGAUCCAGUGCCCACGAUGUCGCAAGUAUGAGGGUCAGAAAAUCUUUGAGGUGAAGGGUCACUUUGUAGCAGACACGACAUGUUGCGACCGGUCGGUCAGCGCCAGGGACACGUUCACGAUACUGACCCCUAACGUUAUUCUGGCGACGGGGAUGUUGGGUAUUCCGAACCGUCUUGAGGUACCCGGUGAGGAUCUUCCGUACGUCUUGUACAGCCUCAAGGAUCUGGAAGCGGCGAUUCAGAAGGAGGACGUACAUUCUAAUUCAGAUCCUAUCCUCAUCAUCGGUUCUGGUCUCAACGCCGCUGAUGCAGUCCUCACUGCUAUGAGCGCAGGGGUACCGGUGGUCCACGCCUUCCGACGCUCCGCCUCCGAUAAGGAACUCAUUUUUUCCAAACUGCCAAAGUCCAUGUAUCCGGAGUACCACAGAGUGCAUCGGCUGAUGAAGGAGCUUGAAUUCAGCGCCGAAUCCGCUGAUGACUCGAGCUACAGGAGUCUGCAACAGAGCACGGUACAUGAAUUUAAGCCAAACCACAGGGUAGCUGUUAAGUGUCAGAAAGGUUGCGGGUACUUGCAGGUGUCUGUGGCCGUUGUGCUGAUCGGCUCGCGACCAGAUCUCUCCUUCCUGCCCAACGAGGGUAAACAUCUAGGGGUGAGGGAGGAGCUGGCACCCAUUUCGUAUCAGAACAAUCCCAUUAAUGUGAACCCGUACACGAUGGAGGCGUGCGCGGAGCCAGGCUUGUACGCCAUGGGACCGCUAGUUGGCGAUAACUUUGUAAGAUUUGCGAAAGGCGGGGCUCUUGCUGUUGCAAGUCACAUCUACAGUAAAACACACGGCGCACGUGAAACCUAGCAGGGUAUUAGUUGCUUUCCCAAUAAUAUUUAAAAACAGUUUUUUUUUUUAAUUGUCUGUUACUGUACCUUGUUAGGAUUUCAAAUUUAAGACCUGCAAUUUAAAGGUAUUGUACGAUUGGUAGCGAUGACAAAAUAGUCGCAGACGUUGAUCAUGUUUUGGUAAAGCUGUUUCUGGCCAUUAUGUUCUCGAAAGAGUUAACAAUGAUGUUUGUUAUCCUUACUACCGCUCACCAUGUUGGUGGGCAUUAGAUUUACGUGUAAACGCCGCGUCGCCUAAAAUGCGCACUU